AUGCGAGACUAUCUACAUCCAUCCAUCAACUGUGAUUGGUAUAUUGCUGCGGGUGAUCAAAUCUCUGGUGGUUUGAUGAGAAUCCAUUGGUGUAGCGAAGAGCAGACCAAUAUGAAUGCACCGAGUUUAUCUACAAUGGGUUUUGAGUUCCCUGCUUCGGGAUCAAGAACUUUCCAGGAUGCUGCAGCAUCAGCUGCUGUUGCAACAGCUACUAUGCCUAAUGAUGAUCACUUGCAACGAUUAGCACAGAUGACACAAGGUGUAGGUCACACUAGCUCUUCUUCCACAACUACUAAAUCAUCCGAUUCCUCUGAUAGUAAUGAUCUAAACUCAACAAGUACAGCUCAACCGGAUCCAACUUUGUACCAAAGUGCUGCUGCCGCAUAUGUACAGCAAUACAGCAACUGGCCAAACUAUUACCAGCAAUUUGGGCAACCGAUGAAUCCUGCUGCAGCUGCGUUUUCUGCUUGGCCAGCACAGUGCUAUGCACCUCCACAUUGGCCGAACUAUGCGCAAUCAAAGAAAGGUCGUCAAACAUAUCAACGUUAUCAAACGUCUGUUUUGGAAAGCAAAUUUCAACAAAGCAGUUACGUGAGUAAAAAACAACGUGAAGAGCUGCGAUUACAGACUAAUCUUAGUGAUCGUCAAAUCAAAAUUUGGUUUCAAAAUCGUCGUAUGAAAGCCAAAAAAGAAAAGAAUCGUUGCGAAGAGCAAAAUGAACAUUCUGCUCUACUUCCAGCCAAUCCACCAAAGCAGCAAUUAGUUGUUGACAGUGCAGCAGCAGCUGCUGCAGCUGCUGCGGCUGUAGAAGAUCGCGUGGAUAAAAAAAUAGUCACAGGCGGUGGUUGGUGCAUGCCAGCAAUGCCAACAAUGCCUCAACCAUGGCCUAAUCAAGUACCACCUCAUCCUGCGUCAUACGUACCAUAUCCUAUUUAUAAUUGUAAGAAGAGAGGAAGGCAAACGUAUAGUCGUCAGCAAACAUUGGAACUUGAAAAAGAAUUUCAUUACAACAAAUAUUUGACUCGACGACGACGGAUUGAGCUGAAUCGAACUUUGGGCCUAACCGAACGACAGAUUAAAAUUUGGUUUCAGAAUCGGCGAAUGAAAAAGAAAAAAGAGGAUAAGGCUAAAGAAGAGUACAGGAAUUUGCAUAUAUUUCAAAACUGA